AAGAUUCGUACUUCGAGAUCAUCCCACAACGCAAUUUACUGUCGUUGCCAAUAGGCUCGUUGGUCAGCGCCAUGUUCGGCCCCGACCGGUGUCCGCAGAUCAAACUCUCUCUUGAGGAGCGCGCAAUGUACGACUACGCGGCGAGGAAGUUCUUGCAGGACACCGUGGCCGAGCGAGCCAACUUUAACCCCAAGAAGAUCGACCCACAGUACUGGGCGUUCGUGAAGCGCCGAAAAGAGGUCAGCGUCUUCAACAGCGUACCCGGUUCAACGAACCCGUCGAUCAUCGUCAUGGUCGGCACGGGUCUCAUUGACGGCCGCCUCGAGGACGUAAUGGGUGGUUUGUAUUGCGAGACUACGGACGAGCUUCGGACUGCCAAAGUUCUACUAGGCUACGACCUUAAGGACGGAUCGGUGCUCAACGUGCAUGAACGCCGCACACCGGAAGAUCCGUUCCGGUUUGCAGGUAUCAAGUGGUUCGCUGGUAGGUGUGCGUGGGGUUUGCUACACGAUCGAGACGCACUAACCUACGAGCGAAUGGGUACCACGACGGACGCCCGCGGCCACGAGCUCGCUUACCACACGUUGCAGUCGAUCAAGAGACCAGAGUGGCCGUCCGAGGCCACGCCCGGAAUGCUGCGUCAACACACUGCGUCGUGCUAUCUCUAUCGUCGUCAUAAACGCACCAACAAGACGGAGAUCUUCCUAUGGGGAUCCAUUCUAAAAUUUGGAUCUGCACCGGAGAAGGCCAUACAGCUAGGCGUUGCCAGUACUUGGCUUAACGUCGUUAAUAGUCCCACCGGUGGUCGAGCCAAGAACUUCAGCACACUUAUGGACGAAGCCGACAGCCACCAGUGGUUGCCCUCCAGGUAUUGUAACUCGCGUCGCGUGUCAUUUGCACCCGUACUGUGCUUGCUGUCUCAACGCAAAGCUAACGUUCGAUCAUUGUCCUGUCUUCCCAUGAAGCUCGACCUGCCACGUCUGUGCGCGAAAGCCGAAGUUGGGGUCGUAUCCCCACUGUGCGGGUUGUCAUCAGACCAUGUGCAAGGACUGCUCCGAGCAGCAUCAUAUUUUCCAGCUUAGCAAGUCCGGACGAGCUAAGAAGAGGCUGUUCUGUGCCGUGUGCGUCAAGAAUGCCACGGGUAGGACCCACCUCGGUAGUAGGCGAAAUUUGUUAGACUCGGGCUAUGACAUGAGCGAGUGCUCUACAAGCGGCACCGACAGCAUGAGCAGCAGCAGUCGAAGCAGCCGCAGCGACAGCUUUUUCAGCCGCACGUUCAGCUUCAAGCGACCACCCGAUCCGUUCCGUCCACGCGUGUCUCUUUCGGACGACGAGGCACCGGACGAAUUGGACCUCGAUUGGUAGAGCAGCGGCAGGAUGAUGGCGUACGAAGAGCGUGGUCAUGCGUGAACUGUGCAUAAGCAUCAAUAUAAACGCAAAAUACAUGCACUCGAGCGUCGAGACGAACUUCAAUCGCUUGGUAUUUAUGACUCAUGCAACAUGGCCCGCUCCCUUGCGAUUUGCAACCUACAGGUGGAGGUCAGUGAAACAGGUCUUUCGUGUCAAAAGCUGCGUGGCGAAUGAAGUGCGAUGGAGAGCAACCACGGUCAGAAAAACAACAUGCGCCAAUGUUACCUGAACUGCUCAACGCUGUAAAACAUUUAUAGCUUUCCGGUUAGAGUUUUCCUUGUGGCCUUAACGAAGGCGUUGUUCAUGGGAAAACACUACCAGGAAACCUGCGAGUCAACUGUUUUGACGCGAUCGUUCAUCGAAAUCUCUUUUCGAGUGCCACGCGGACACGAGCAAGU